AUGUUAUAUUAUAAACCUAAACAUCUAAAAUCUGUUGUUCCUUCAAUUUUCACAACUGAACCUCCAAGUGCAGCAGAUUCAAUUAUUUUGGAUUCUCGUAUAUUAAGUGAGGAGAAGCUAAAUCUAAAUAACAAGUUUGCUUUACUUGAUCAAUUCAGCCAUCGAGCCUUUGAUAUUAAAGAAUAUAAUCUGACUUAAAGAGAAUUACCUAGUAGAAAGAAACACUUCAUUUAGAAUAAUAAAUUAGAUGUUUGGGGAGAAACAACCUUAACUCUCUACAGAAAUCAAUUCUUAUAUACAUCUUUAGAUAUUCAUGAAAAAUAUUCACCUGUUGUCUUAUUCAUCUAUGUAAAAAAAGGUGAUCCUAAUACCAAAAUGAGAUUAUUUUGUUCUGUGAAAUUUUAAUAACCUAAUCGUUUCAAUGCAGAAAUCGAAACAUAUGGUCGUGUCCUCAAAUAUCACUCUAGAGAAGGCACAACUUUUUUUGAUCCUACACUUUAUGUUGCUAUAUUGGCACAUAAUGAUGUUGUAAUUACUAUAAAAAAUGAAUUUGCUAAACCUCCAUUACCUAGAAAAAUGCCUUAAAUAAAAAAAAAGGAUGAAUUAUGUUCAGAUAUUGAAGAGUUAGCUGAUUUAAUAAUUCGAAAAAGAAAAUUGAGAUAGAAAUCUCUAAAUUUUAUCAAUCUUAAUAAAUCAUUACCUAGAAAAUAAAGAAUUGAAUCUCCUUGUAAUACUGAGAGAUUAAAAGAAAUAAAAUUUAAAUAAACAAUCAUAUAAAAGGAAUAAUGCUUAAAAAGAAUUGCUUAAAUUGCAUUACAUGAUGUUGCCAAAGAAAUCAAAUAAAAAUAGAUGAAUAUUCAACUUAAGUAUUAUAUUUAUUAAUAUAGAUAAAUGCAUAAAGAAUGGAUUUGUAAGAAAUGGAUUUAGAUUGUUAUUUUAGUUAAUUAAAUAGUACCAUCAAUUAGUAAUUAUAUUAAAGUACAAAAACGUAUAUCAGAAAAGAACAUGAGGAAAUAAAUAUUAACAAUGUAAUUCAUCAACAAAAUAAAAAAUAACAUUUUACAUUUAGGACCAAAAAUAAAAUUAAGAACCUUAUUACUUUGUAAAAUGAGUAUGUAGAAUUGCAUAAAUAGUCAAAAAGAUAAAGUUAAAUAGAAGAGUUAUAAUAUAAUAAUAGAAAUUCUAAGAUAAAAUAUUAGAAGUUAUAAUACAGUCACAAAAGGCUUACAUACAGUUAAUCUAAGUAAUUGAUGAUUUGGAUUUAGUUAAAAAAUGUAUAAACAUGCUUGUUAGACAUAAGAACAAAAGAUUGGAAUUCAUGUAAUAGAUGAAGAUAGCCAUAUCUCAUUAAUGUAAAUAGAUCUAUGGGGAUAUUAUGAAGAUGAAAUAAUAAUCAAUCUAACAACUACCUCUAUAAUAAUAGUAGUAGUAAGAAAAGAAUAAAAAUAAAAGAGAUCCACUUCAUUAUUUAAUUCAUGAUUAGUAUAGAAUUUAUUAUUAUCAUUUUAAUAGAUAAUUUAUAAUGUUUAUAUAUAAGAAAUUAUUUACUAAUGUGUUACAGAAAUGGAAUUAAGAUUUUGAUGCUUUUCGAAAAGUAUAUCAUGAAAGUUAGAAAAAAGGAUUGGCUUUAUUAUUGAGACCAUUACCCUUAGAAAUACCAUAGGAAGAGAUUAUUAAUAACUAUAUUGUAGAGGAAUUGGAUCGUAGAGGAUUGAUAAAUUAUUAAUAUUAUCCGUUAAAUUAAUGAAUUCUCCAAGAGCAGAAACUCUUGAUUAAGAAUUAAGUAAUACUAUCAACAAGAUCUAUAGUAAUUGUUAGAAGAUUAAUGAUAAACAUCUUAAAAUAAGAAUAUUGUAAUGGUUAGAUAAAGUGAGAACACCAACUCACAAUUUUAUUUGGAAAUAGAAUUCUUUAUUUUAUGCACGUGUUUUAUUAGAAAUGACUAUAAAUUAAUAAUUAGAUAAACCUUUUAGAGGAGUACCUCCAGAUGGGCCAUUACCUAGAUUGGAUAAAUUUGAUAUUGUAAUUGAUUUUUUAUUUAAUAGAAAGUCUUAAUAAGUUUUGUAAAAACUAAAACAGGUUCAGUAACCCUAAUCUUCUAGAAAACCUUUGGGGAUUAUUUUGAAUAGAAAUUUAACUCCAAAAUUAAAGACUGAAC